AUGGCGGCGGCCGCUGCAGCGGUGGGUGUCAGGCUCCGAGACUGCUGCAGCCGGGGCGCUGUGCUUCUGCUCUUCUUUUCCCUAUCCCCUCGGCCCCCGGCCGCCGCCGCCUGGCUACUGGGCCUGCGGCCCGAGGACACCGCCGGAGGCCGCGUGUCCCUAGAGGGGGGCACCCUGCGCGCCGCCGAAGGCACCAGCUUCCUCCUGCGUGUCUAUUUCCAGCCCGGGCCCGCGGCGCCCGCGGCGCCGGUACCCGCACCCACCUUUACCCCGGGGGAGAACAGCACCGGCGACUGGGCUCCGCGGCUCGUGUUUAUCGAGGAGCCUCCGGGAGGGAGUGGCGCGGCGCCCAGCGCUGUGCCCACGCGCCCCCCGGGGCCGCAGCGCUGCCGCGAGCAGAGCGACUGGGCAUCGGACGUGGAGGUCCUGGGGCCCCUGCGCCCCGGAGGCGUGGCGGGCUCAGCCCUAGUCCAGGUGCGGGUGCGGGAACUCCGCAAGGGCGAGGCGGAGCGAGGCGGCGCGGGCGGUGGCGGGAAGCUCUUCUCCCUGUGCGCCUGGGACGGGCGCGCCUGGCACCACCACGGCGCCGCCGGCGGCUUCCUGCUGCGCGUCCGCCCGCGGUUGUACGGCCCCGGCGGGGACCUGCUGACCCCCGCUUGGCUGCGGGCGCUUGGAGCACUCCUGCUGCUCGCCCUGUCUGCCCUGUUCAGCGGCCUACGCCUGAGCCUGCUCUCGCUGGACCCGGUGGAGUUACGGGUGCUGCGGAACAGCGGCUCGGCCGCCGAGCAGGAGCAGGCGCGCCGAGUGCAGGCUGUGCGCGGCAGGGGGACCCAUCUGCUCUGCACCCUGCUCCUGGGCCAAGCCGGAGCCAACGCAGCCCUGGCGGGCUGGCUGUACGCCUCGCUUCCGCCGGGCUUCGGGGGCAAGGGGGAGGACUACAGCGACGCGGGAAUUCACUUCCCUUGGCUGCCGGCGCUCGUGUGCACCGGCGCGGUGUUCCUGGGCGCCGAGAUCUGCCCCUACUCAGUGUGUUCGCGGCACGGGCUGGCCAUCGCCUCGCACAGCGUGUGCCUGACCCGGCUUCUGAUGGCGGCCGCCUUCCCCGUGUGCUACCCACUGGGCCGCCUGCUCGACUGGGCGCUGCGCCAGGAGAUCAGCACCUUCUACACGCGGGAGAAACUGCUGGAGACGCUGCGAGCCGCGGACCCUUACAGCGACCUGGUGAAAGAGGAGCUCAACAUCAUCCAGGGCGCCCUGGAGCUGCGCACCAAAGUGGUGGAGGAGGUGUUGACCCCCCUCGGGGACUGCUUCAUGCUGCGCUCCGACGCGGUGCUGGAUUUUGCGACAGUCUCCGAGAUCCUGCGCAGCGGCUACACGCGCAUCCCCGUAUACGAGGGCGACCAGCGGCACAACAUUGUGGACAUUCUGUUUGUCAAGGACUUGGCCUUCGUGGACCCCGACGACUGCACGCCGCUCCUCACCGUCACCCGCUUCUACAACCGGCCCCUGCACUGCGUCUUCAACGAUACCCGGCUGGACACAGUGCUGGAGGAAUUUAAGAAGGGAAAGUCUCACCUGGCCAUUGUCCAGCGGGUGAAUAACGAGGGAGAAGGGGACCCCUUCUACGAGGUGAUGGGCAUCGUCACACUGGAGGACAUCAUAGAGGAGAUCAUCAAAUCAGAGAUCCUGGAUGAAACUGACCUCUACACAGACAAUCGGAAAAAGCAGAGGGUCCCACACAGGGAGAGGAAGCGGCACGACUUCUCCUUGUUUAAGCUUUCCGACUCGGAGAUGAGGGUGAAGAUCUCGCCACAGCUUCUGCUGGCCACACACCGCUUCAUGGCCACAGAAGUGGAGCCGUUUAAGUCUCUGUACCUCUCGGAGAAGAUCCUGCUCCGGCUCUUGAAACAUCCCAAUGUGAUCCAGGAGCUGAAGUUUGAUGAGAAGAACAAGAAGGCCCCAGAACACUACCUCUACCAGCGGAACCGCCCCGUGGACUACUUUGUGCUGCUUCUGCAGGGUAAAGUGGAGGUGGAGGUUGGUAAGGAAGGCCUUCGCUUCGAGAACGGAGCCUUCACCUACUAUGGUGUCCCAGCCAUCAUGACCACUGCUUGCUCAGAUAACGAUGUGCGGAAGGUUGGAAGUCUGGCUGGAUCCUCUGUCUUCCUGCCCAUCUCUGUGUCUCGUACCUUCGCCUUCAGCAGAGGGGACUCUCUGGCAGGCUCCCCAGUAAACCGGUCCCCUUCCCGCUGCAGUGGGUUGAAUCGCUCGGAGUCUCCGAACCGUGAGCGCAGCGACUUUGGGGGGAGCAACACCCAGCUGUGCAGCACCAGCAACAACCUCUACACACCCGACUACUCGGUCCACAUCCUCAGCGACGUGCAGUUCGUGAAGAUCACACGGCAGCAGUACCAGAACGCGCUCACCGCCUGCCACAUGGAAAGCUCACCCCAGUCUCCCGACAUGGAGGCCUCCACGACCCGGGGCACACCCCAGACUCCCAAGGAUGACCCUGCUGCCACCCUCCUGAGCCACCGGAGCAGCCUGCCGUGCAGCCGUUCAGAUGGGCUGAGAAGCCCCGGCGAGGUCGUGUACCUGAGGAUGGAGGAGAUGGCCUUCACCCAGGAGGAAAUGACCGACUUUGAGGAGCAGAGCACGCAACAGCUCUCGCUGUCUCCUGCCGCUGUGCCCGCUAAAGCAGCAUCUGAUAGUGAAUGUUGUCAUAUCAACCUGGACACAGAGACCAGCCCCUGCAGCAGCGACUUGGAGGAAACCAUGGGCAGGAAGUUGCUGAGAACCUUGAGUGGUCGAAAAAGGAAGAGGUCAGCAGAUGGAGAGAGAACCUCUGAGGAGAACUCCAACUUAACGCCUCUCAUCACAUGA